CCUUGUCUCCCAUCGGGUGGAAUUUAUCCAAAAUUGUUACUACCCUAGGGAAUUCACACACACACACACACACACACAUACACACAAAAACCGGUACUUUUUGAAAGAAAGUCUACUUGACGCUGUUCAUCAUGGCGCAAUCUCCUGUGUCUGUAGUCUGCGUGGGCAUGGCAGGCUCCGGAAAGACGACUUUCAUGCAGCGAAUCAACUCAUACCUUCACUCGCAGAAGAAGAUCCCCUACGUUAUGAACUUGGACCCCGCCGUUUAUUCCGUACCAUUCGAGAGUAAUAUCGACAUCCGCGAUUCCAUCAAUUAUAAAGAGGUCAUGAAGCAGUACAAUCUCGGCCCCAACGGCGGUAUCCUGACGUCGUUGAACCUUUUCGCAACCAAGGUUGACCAAAUCAUCGCACUGCUAGAGAAACGCACCGCCCCGAACCCAAGCAGCCCGUCCGCCAAACCUAUCGAGCACAUCUUGGUCGACACACCCGGACAGAUCGAAGUUUUUGUAUGGAGUGCAUCGGGCAGUAUUCUACUCGAGACUCUGGCCUCCUCUUUCCCAACUGUGAUUGCAUACGUGAUUGAUACCCCACGUGCGAGCUCCACGAGUACUUUCAUGAGCAACAUGCUUUACGCUUGCAGUAUUCUCUAUAAGACUAAACUACCCAUGAUUCUUGUAUUCAACAAGACAGAUGUUCAGGAUGCCGAGUUUGCAAAGGAGUGGAUGACCGACUUCGACGCUUUCCAGCAGGCUUUGCGCGAGGAAGAGGAAUCGGGGGCCUUUGGAACAGAGGGUGGCGCUGGGGGCUUCGGCUCGGGGAGUGGAUACAUGGGCUCGCUUCUGAACAGCAUGAGUCUGAUGCUCGAAGAGUUCUACCGCCAUCUGAAUAUCGUGGGUGUCAGCUCAAUGACCGGAGAGGGCAUCGAGGAGUUCUUCCAAGCGGUCGAGGAGAAGCGCCAAGAGUUUGAGCGUGAUUACAAACCUGAACUAGAGCGCAAGAAGCAAGAGCGUGAGGAGACUCAGGCAGCCCAGCGGGAGCUGGAACUGGGUAAGUUGAUGAAGGAUAUGAACGUCUCUGGGUCCAAUAAGGGCAAGGCUGCCGACAACGAAGCAGAAACCGUUAGCGAAGCCGAGGAGGAGGAAGAGGAACUUGCUGCGGCAAAGAGGAGAGGAGACUACGAAGAGCCCGAAGAUGAUGAUGAUGAUGAUAGUGAUGACGAGUCAGGUGUUCCUCGAGCCGCUGAUAGUGAUGGGCUCUCCCAGCGGUAUCAGAAUGCCCUUGCUGAUGCUCAAGGACCGUCCGAUCAGGAUAACAGUUUUGCCAGAUACUUGCGAGCAAGUCAGAUCAAUCAAUGAUCUCCAAUUUUCUCACCUACCUACUCUUUUUCUUGAUUGAUUUUUCUGGGCUUUGGUCUAUUACACGGCGUCAGCCUUGACACCUCAAUGCUACAUUUCAGUUAUGCAUGAAUAAAUGAACUAGACACGAGAUAAAUAAUCGCAUCAAACGUGCUGUGCAAGAAAAUAAUCAACGGAAUAGAUCCUUUGAUUGUUGUGGUUAGAAAAGUGUGUAAUUUAUGCAAACAAGACAAAACCGGGGAUUUAUGAUGUCAGAAGCUGCGGUGGCUGCC